CAUACACACGACAGCACAGACCUAUAUGUACGUGAAUCUUCUCUCGGAACCAAAGAGCCAGUUACCGAUUGUACACACACGGAAUUCAUUAUGAUCAGACACACAGGCAAGAUGGCGGAGGGAGAUUCAUGGGAUGCGGACACUUUUGAUCCGGAUGAGCUUGUUAUCGGGACCAAGAAGGCUGUUGUAGCGGAUAAAUGGGAAGGCGAGGACGAGGAUGACGAUAUCAAGGACAACUGGGAUGAUGACGAGGAGGAAUUGAAAAAAACAGAAAAGAAAAAAGCAGCAGAGACAAAACUUUCUGAAAAGAAGAAAUUAGCUGAAAAAAUCAAGGAAAAGGAAAGUUUACAAAUGAAAAAACAAGAAGAGCUGAGAAAGCGGUUAGAGGAAUCACAGGAAACAGAACUAUCACCGGAGGAUGAGCUAGCAGAGAAACUCAGAGUGAAGAAGCUACAGGAGGACGCUGAUCUUCUAUUGGCUCAGGAGGCUUUCGGUGUCGUCAACAACUUAAAAGGAAUUGAUGCUAUAAGCCCGUCUUCUAAAGAUGAGUUCACAGAGUUUGAAAAGUUGUUAAAAGACAAGAUAUCACCUUUUGAGACUUCAAUACACUAUUCCGGCUUCCUAGAGUCCUUGUUUCGAGACCUCUGUCUCUCAUUGGAAGUAGAGGACUUGAAGAAAGUCAGCAACUCCCUGACAGUCUUAUUAAGUGAAAAACAGAAACAGGAAAAGCAGCUGAAUAAAGGAAAGAAGAAAAAGAAAGGUGUGGUUGCUGCCGGAGGGAUGAAGUCCAAGAUGAAGGAUGACCUAUCGGACUACGGAGAGUUCGAUGGAGGUUACGCACAAGACUACGAGGACUUCAUGUGACGUGACACCAACCCGAUUUCUGCGUCUCAAACGGACACCCUGUUCCCGAUGUAGAACCCUUAUAUAGGGGAUAGGGUGGCAUUUAGUAGGCUUCCACUGUCUGUCCCCAUUCCCCCUCCACCAAGCCCCCUCAGAGCAUGACUUAUGACCUAUUCUACUGCCCAGAGAGCCAUCCAAUGAUAACCACCCUUAUGCCGCACACAAACUCCAUUCUGAAAAGAAGUGCUGAAUGGUUGGACGAGGAACGUCUGAUUUCAACGGGGUUGUUUCUCCUCGUUAGAAAUUCCUUCAACGAUUCCUCGACACUGACUGUGUUCUGGAUACCAAAAUGUUUCACCUCCCAUAAUGAGAUGCGAAAACCCAGCAGCAAACUUGUUUUUUUCCCCCUCCCGAUCCUAGAAUGAAUUUAAUUUGAUCUUUUAAAAGUAAUGAAUGAUCUGUCAAACAAAAUGUAAUUGCUACUGUUUGACGAAGGAAAAUACAUUUUGUGUUCCGUGCAAA